AUGUUUCAAGAAAAUAACAAUAGUACUUUUACCACUUUAGAACCAAGUUCACCUUCUUCUACCAGUUCCUUUAGUCACGAAUAUGAUACUUCAAAUUUUUUUUCACGCCUUCCAAAUGAAACUAUUUUUGCUAUAUUUGCAUUUACUUUUACUGAUCGAACAACGGAAUUUACCACUUCAGCAGCUAAUGAACCUGAUUCAAGUACCAUUUCAACAGUCAUUUGUUUAACGCCACAUAAACAAAUUUCUAUACUUUCUCGAGUUUGUCGCUUAUUCCAUAACAUAGCGAAUGAUGUAUUCAUAUGGCAAAAUGCUUUUGAAAAAAUUUUUGACUCUGAGGCUAUAAUUAGAGCUGGAAUUGUCGAAAAUUACAAUAACUUAAUAAAAGGAGGUGUUGAAGGAGUUGAUGUUGUUGGUGAUACAAAAGGUGAAGGUAAAACAACUUCUCAAGCACAACCCUCCUCUUCUUGUCUGAUACAAACACAAACUGGUGGAAAUGUUUGGAAAGAAUUGUAUAAAGAACGUCAAAUUGCCUUAAAUAAAGUGAAAAUUUAUGUUACAUCUACUUUACCUUCGCCUUUUGCUUCCAUUAAUAAUGUUGAAAUUGAUGAUGAUAUUACUACUAGUAUAGAUGAUCUCAUGGAUGACGAAGAUGAUACUUCUACUAACGACGAGGAUAGUUCAACAUUAGAGUCAACCGAUCAUAAUGUUGAUGAUCCAUUAAUCGAUUUUAAUUUUGUAGGUAACCAGGAACAUGAAGAACAAAACGAAGAAAAAGGUUCAAGUAGUCCUAACCUGAUCCUAGGAAUUGAAGACUUUCUUUUUCAAGAAUUUGACCUGAGAGAUACCACUGGAGAUACCGUUGAAAAAGACACUAUAAAGGAAAAUAAUAUUAAAAUUGAUCGGGAGGAUAAUGACAUCAAAUUGGAUGAUACUUGUCAAGAACUUGAUUUUGUAGGCGAGGAUUCAAUUAAUUUUGAUGAUCCCGAGUUGGAUUCCAUAUUCGCUUCAAAUAUUAUUGAAAUGGAUCAAACCUUCAAUGAUGUGAAAAAUGGAAAGACUUCUACACGACAUAUUGAAACUUUAGUUCAAGAAACUGAUGCUUCUACUAUCGAGGUAGAUCAUGUUUUCGAUCAAAAUCAUGAUCUUUUUAAUUCGAAAAUUAAUGAUGACUUGGAUGAAACCUUUUUACAGGAUUAUGAAUCAUCUGAAUUGCCGGAUUAUGAUGAUGAGAAUUCUAAACUGGAAGAGCUUAAAUUAUCAGAUUUUGAAGAACCUUCAUCUAAAUUACCUGAUCUUGAAGAACCUUCAUCUAAAUUACAUGAUCUUGAAGAACCUUCAUCUAAUUUACCUGAUCUUGAAGAACCUUCAUCUAAAUUACCUGAUCUUGAAGAACCUUCAUCUAAAUUACCUGAUCUUGAAGAAUCUUCAUCUAAUUUACCUGAUCUUGAAGAACCUUCAUCUAAUUUACCUGAUCUUGAAGAACCUUCAUCUAAUUUACUUGAUUAUAAAGAGCAUCAUAAAUUACCGGAUUUUGAAGAAUCUUCAUCCGGUUUAAAGGUUGAUGAAGAACAUCAUAAAUUACCAAAUUUUGAAGAACCUUCUUUUGAUUUAAAGGAUUAUGAAGAGGAUCAUAAAUUAUCGGAUUUUGAAGAACCUUCAUCUAAUUUCCAGGAUGAUGAACCUAAAUUGCUUGAUUACGAUAUACCUUCGUCUAAAUUACAGGAUCCUAAAUUACCCGAUUUCGAAAAACCUUUGCUCAAAUUACAGGAUUAUGACGAGGAGCUUAAAUUACCUGAUCACGAAGAAGAACCCUUUAAAUUACCUGAUUAUGAUGAAGACUUUACUUUAAAAGAAUCGUUUAAUGAUGAACUACCUGCUUACGAUGAAAAUGAGGAAGUAUUUCAAUUACAGGAUUAUAAUAAUUUACAAGAAUACGAUGAGAAUAAAAAAUUAACCAAUUUUCAAGAUCUUAAUAAUAAUAAGACAGAAAAUACUUCAAAGACGCCGCCUUCGAAUGAUAGUUCACAAGAUUUUGAUGAGAUUGAGGAACUAAAUAAUGAUACAAAUAAUGAAGAUGAGGGUUAUCUAGGAUCUUAUAAUCACUCUUAUUUUGGCUUUAUACCCGUGAGCGAAGAAGCAUAUGCAGACGGGUACAUAAAUAGAAUUCCAAAUCUAAGAAUACGAGCGAAUGUUAUCCGACAGAAUAAUAGCCCCAGAUUAUUAAAGAUUUUAAAUACUAUCUGGAAAAUUUGCCAAGAGAAUGAUGGAAUGAAUAGUGAAGUAUUAUUAGCAUCAAAUGUCAAAGAAUUUACGGUGAACCUAAUUCAGUCACUGAAUAAUACAACCACCCAAAUAGAUUGUUUAACUAUUGCUUUACAAGUCCUUUCAAUUUUAAUGGCUUGGCAUCCAGAACUUGCGGUUGAUUUACAUAUAAUGGACUCGUUUUGGUCAAAUAUUUAUGCUUCAAUGAUCCUCACCGAUAUAUUUUUCCCAGAAUCAAAGGGUGACAAUGUUAGAUUAAAACAAUUACAUCUUCCAAUUCCUGCAGGGUCAGCGAUUCACAUAUUUUUCCGUAUAAAAUACAGCAAUCCGAAUCGAGUGGAAUCUAUAUAUAACUUUUUGCCUCCACCUUCACUCGUACCAAAUUCCAACAUUUUCAACAAUUUAUACCAAAAACCUGGAGAAGGAAUGAUUCAACCAUAUAAUGGCGAUGCCUAUGACGGAAAAUGGUUUGGGUAUUAUUCGGACCUCCAACCAUUACCUUAUCAAUAUUGGGAAGGGGUAACACGUGAAUCAGCAAUGGAUAUUUCGUUAAAGUUCUCUACACCAGAACCGGGUAAAGUAUAUAAAUUAAGUGAUAACUUUUUUAAUCCAGGCGUAGUGGUUACUGAUAAGGUAGUUAAAGAAUUUUCUGGUAGCGGAACUGAUCAAGUUGGUGAGUUUAUUAUUAAGCGUGGAAUUAUUACCGAGAAAGGAAACGUGAAUUUUAUAAAAAUAUAUAAUACUCAAUUAAGAUGGAUUUAUGAUGGUGUUUUGUUGCCUGUUGGAAUCUGCGGUAGAUGGGGAAUAUCCAAAAAUUGGGAAGGCAAUUUCUGGAUUUGGAAAGGUUAA